AUGAAACCAACAAAACUUAUAGGGUCAAAACGUAUGAUAAAGGAAUCACUAGUGAAAUGUAUAAAUAGUUGUAAACAGUUAAAAUUACAAAAAUUUAAAAGUAAAAAUGAUAAAAUUCGAUUUUUAAAAACUAAAACAUCUUUUAUAAACAUUAAAAAAAAUAUUAAAAAUUAUGAAGCUGGUGAAGACGAAAAAUCUUGCAAUAUUAAACUAGUUGAUUUGUCAAAAAGAAUCAGAGCUAACAAGAUAUAUAAACAUAAAAAUAAAAUUAAUGAAAAAUUUCAGUGUUCAAAUACUCCAAACAAUAUGAAAACUGAAAACAUAAAUAAAAAAAUGCCAUCAAAAAUUUUCAGCCGUAAAUUUUCAAAGUAUAAAGAUGUUCAAAAAAAGUUAAAAGCUAAAUUCAGAUCUACUUACAAAAGUAGUGGAAAAUUUGAUCAAAGCUCUACGAAAUAUAAAUCAUUCAUAAAUAAGAAUAGAAAUAAAAAAAAUAAAGCAUUUUUGAAAUAUUCUAUGUGUAGUUUUGGUUUUAAUAAAGAAAUACUAAAAAAAAAGCGUACUGUGUGUCCUGAACUUCCAGGGAAAGGGACUUACAAUCAUCGCUUUGCGUAUGAUGAAGCAUUGAAGUUACAACAAGAAGGCAUUGAAGUAGACGUGUUAUAUAAAGUAAAAAAUAAAACUGACUCUAUUUAUGUUAUAAAUGGAGAAUUUCUAUGGACGAAGAAUAAACGAUCGAGUAAUUGUUUCAAUAAGUCAUCUAAACAGUCUAAAGUAAUUUUAGACACCGCAAAUAAAAUAACCGAAGAGAAAAAUCUUGCUAAAUCGUUAAUAUCAACACAAGAAAAGGCUGAGUUAGCUAAAAUACAAAAAGCAAAUGAGCAUAAAAAAAGAUUAGCUAAAAUGGUUUUAAUGAGGAAAGCUGAAUUAGAAAGAGAAAAAGAACUAAAACAUGAAGAAUUUAUAAGGAAACGGAAGUUGGAGAUUAUAGAGAAGGACCUUCGAGCUAAGGAAUUAAGCAAAAUGUUAAGAGAAAAAUCAUUAAAAAAGAAAGUAAAUUCUGAAAAAAAAAAACAUAAACAAAUGGAAAUAGAUAGUUUAAACUAUGUUGAAAUGGAAAAAUUAAGAAAACUAAAGGUUCAACAUACUGUGAAAAACAAAAAUAAUAAUACAAAUAACACAGAUAUUAAUCCUGUAAUAAACCCGGAAAACGCCUAUGAUGGAUUUAAGGUCAUCACUGAUCCAAAGAUUAUUAAUGAUAUCGGACGAUGGGUAUUACAGAAUGAUGGCACUGUCUUUACUAUGUCAUGGUUAAAAAUUGUUGCUCGUCGGGUCGAUUCUUUGGAUGGGAGAGUAGAUACGUUGUACAAGAAUAAAUUGAUGCAGAUUGCCAUCGAUAAAGUGGUCGAUGCAAUGAUGGAGAAAAAACUGUUGUCAGACUUAAGUAAAAAAGAUUUAAGUCACAAAAAAUUGUUGUGCAAUAAAAGUGUUCAGGUUUCCCCUAGUUUUGUAAUAAAAAACAGAAGGAUGAUGAAAUGCCAUAAACAUACUCCAAUUGGCAUUCGCAAGUCUCCCAAUUUCUACGGUUGUCAGGGCAUUAAUAAACUGUACAAGGUGAUUAAAACAGAAGGCAGUUAUUUUCAAGUGAUCAGCGCGGAUACCUUUGGGUUAUAA